ACAUGAUAACCCAGAGCAGCAGUCCCUGAGAGACCGAGUCACUGCUCGUGGAGUCCCACUGUAAGACGGAAGAGUGGGCUGUUGGACGAGCAUCAAACGUACUUAAUAGCAGGGGGAUAAAGCUGCCAACGAGACAUUUCGGGGCGAAAUCGAAAAACAGGGUUCAGAAAUAGCAUUUUGUUUGAGUUAGAAGGAAGCUGUUCUUAAGGAUUCCCAGAAAAACCGGAUCUCCUAGAUUAAUGGAAAUGGAUUGCAGUAGCAGCGGAGGUGGUGUCAUUACAUACAUCAGUUCGAGUUCUGGUUGUAGUCCAGCCUCUUAUCACAGUGAUAGUUCUGAGAACAGUUUCCAGUCAACUUCGCCUCCAGUUCCUUCAUUGCCUAACAGCUUUGUCUCGGAUAAUCAUAUCAACCUCGGUGACAUGCUUUCCGAAAACUGUGCGCCGCAACUCGUAAGCUCCAACAAUGCUCGGCUUGUGUGCUCUGUCAAAGGAGAUGGAUCAAGCUUGGGUCACAUCAACAAAAGCACCAGCAUUACUAAAAUUAAUGGAAUGAUCCUACUGUGUAAAGUCUGUGGAGAUAUGGCAUCAGGAUUCCACUAUGGUGUCCAUGCAUGUGAAGGUUGCAAGGGAUUUUUCAGAAGGAGCAUCCAGCAGAAUAUUCAAUACAAGAAAUGCCUGAAAAAUGAGAACUGUUCUAUAAUGAGGAUGAAUCGGAACCGAUGUCAGCAGUGUCGCUUUAAGAAAUGUCUUGCUGUGGGCAUGUCCCGAGAUGCUGUUCGAUUUGGACGCAUUCCAAAGCGUGAGAAGCAAAGAAUGUUGAUUGAGAUGCAAAGUGCAAUGAAAAACAUGGUGAAUGAUCAGCUGAAUGGCUACAGACAAAAUGAUGUAUUACGUGAGGAAAACCCUUCCCCUCCAUCACAGCCUGAGAUACCUCAGAAUAGAGAUGAAGUAAUUGGGACAGUGUCACGGGCCCUCAAGGAAACCUUUUCCUGUACCCAGGAUAAGCCAGACAAAAUGCGGAAAGAGAUGCAUUUUCAAAACACAGACAAUUCUCAGAGAAAUGCUGAUGACAAGUGGAUAACUGGACAACCCAUCAAUGGGAUUAAUGGAAUCCAAUGUUUCAAUAAUGCAAAUCGUGAUGAAGUCUACUUGACAAAUAAGAAUGACAAGCACAUAGUUUGUCCAAAUGAUCACACAGAGAGAGUGAGCAGGCCCUGUCAUACUCUUCCUGGUGGAUGUUUCCAAAAUAUACAUGCAGAAGAUGGGUUUUCUCGAAGCCGUGUCCCAAGCAAACGUGUUCGGCCCACAGAGAGGAGGAUGCAUCUGGUGUGCCCAAUGAGUAUGUCCCCUUACGUAAAUCCUGAUAAAUCAGAGCAGCAAAUCUGGGAGGAAUUUUCCAUGAGUUUUACACCUGCAGUUAGAGAGGUCGUAGAAUUUGCAAAACGUAUUCCAGGAUUCCAAGAUUUAUUGCAGCAUGACCAAGUCAGCUUGCUUAAAGCUGGAACAUUUGAGGUGUUAAUGGUGCGCUUUGCCGCUCUUUUUGAUGUACAUGACCGGACAGUCACAUUUCUCAGCGGAAAGAGUUACGGGAUGGAAGAGCUUCAAUUGCUGGGGGCUGGAGAUCUGUUAAUAUCCAUGUUUGAGUUUAGUGAAAAACUUAGUGGUCUGCAUCUUGCUGAGGAGGAGAUGAGCUUAUUCACAGCAGUUGUCCUGGUUUCUGCUGAUCGUUCGGGAAUAAAAAAUGUUAACUCAGUGGAGCAGUUGCAAGAAACUCUAAUUCGAGCACUCCGGACCUUAAUUAUGAAAAAUCACCCAAGUGAAUCUUCAAUCUUUACAAAACUCCUGCUGAAAUUACCUGAUCUGCGUUCUCUUAAUAAUAUGCAUUCAGAAGAAUUAUUGGCCUUCAAAAUCCACGCUUGAAUUUAUGGGCCAUUCUCUGCAUUUUAUUUUAUUCUAUUCCUAUCAUAUAUUUUGUGGAUGAGUAUGCAUUAUUUAUGUAUAUAGAAAUUUGCAUUUUCUUCUGCAUUAUUUUUGAGCUAUGAAAAGUUAUAUAAGCAAAUAACAAAAAAUAGAACUAUACUGAAGAUAUUAAAAUAUAUUUUAAGAUUUUAACAUGGAUGUAACUUGAGACAGUUGAAAAUGUAUAGCUAUAAUUGUGUUUAAAAUGUGCUGAUCAAGGUAACAGUUUUUUUGUUUUGCCCUCUAUUUUAAAUUGGUUCUUUAUAAUAAUGGGAAAAUCUUAAAGCUUUUACCAGUUCUUCUGUGGUGCUGUGCCUUGAUAUCAAUAGGAUCACAGGAUCACAGAACCUGGACUACUUCCUCAACCUAACUUAUUAUUGAUUUUUAAUAAGAACCAUUUUAUAAAGGCCUUCCAGUUAACUUGUGGAGUUUGUGGUCAGCGUGCACCUUUCUUACUGAUCCUUUUUUUAAAAAGUCAACUUGAAGCGUGAAGAAAAAAUUGCAACCAGCAUGUUUGUGUGUCUUGUCUUUGAAUGCUGCAUUGGAAUUAACAAUGUUAACAAAUCUACUUAUGUAACUUGCCACACCUCAGUAACAUUUGAAUAUUGUCUGACUACUGUAACAUGUGCUUCUUGUUUAUGACUUUUUGAAUGUGAAUGAAUGCAGUAAAGUCUUGACUUGAAAUA